AUGACCGUCGAUCAGAGCCGCCCUACUUUGGAUGCAACACGCAAGACUUUUCUGGCACCUAUGGUACGUGUUUCAACACAUCCCAUGCGUCUUCUGUGUCUGGAAUAUGGUGCAGAUUAUGUAAUUUCUGAAGAAUUGAUCGACCAAAGAAUUAUCCGCUCUUCAAGGAUAGUAAAUGCUGAAUUGAAUACCAUUGAUUUCGUUCUACCCGAUGGUUCAGUGACAUUUCGUACAUCGGCGGAAGAGAAAAACCGCGUUAUUGUCCAAUUAGGAACCCCAGAGCCUGGGACAGCAUUACAAGCCGCCAAAAUGCUGGAAAAUGAUGUUAUGGGUAUUGAUGUGAAUAUGGGUUGUCCUAAAGCAUAUUCUAUGAAGGGUGGGAUGGGAGCAGCCUUACUGACAAAACCAGAAAUUGUCAAAGACAUUCUUACUACUUUGACUACAAAUCUCCGAAUUCCAGUUACUUGUAAAAUGAGGAUUUUACCUGAAUUAGAAAAAACAAUUGCUUUGGCUAAGCUAAUUGAAUCGACAGGUGUUGCAGCGAUCACAGUACACGGUAGAACAAUCAAUGAACGUUCAAUGCAUCGGAAUCGUAAUGAAGUUAUUCAAGCAAUAGCUGAUUCAGUAGGUAUACCUGUUUUGGCAAAUGGUGGUUCUCGUGAUAUAAUUAGAAAUCAUGAAGAUAUUGAAUAUUUUCGACAAUUGACUAGUGCAACCGGUGUUGUUAUAGCCAGAGCUGCUAUGUGGAAUCCUGCCAUAUUCAAAUCACUUCAAGCUGAUGAACCGUUACCUAAACUUGAGGAAAUUAUUUGUAGAUAUUUAACUCUGUCUGUUCGUUAUGAUCAUCAUAUAGCUGGUGCAAAGUAUUGUGUUUUACGGAUGUUACAUGAUUUCGGUGGUACGCCGAUAUAUGAAGAUGUAUUAGCUUCGAAUGAACUACGUGAUCUAUGUGCCAUAUGGAAUAUGUUAGAUGUUUACGAUCAUGAAAUGUCUAAUCGACUAGAACGUUUAAAGAAUCAUCAACUUACAUUAAUCAAUUCAACAGUUAAUUGUAAUCAAGAAAUAAUUUCAUCUCCUUCACUAUCAGUUUCUUCUGACUCUCUCUCAGUUCCAGAGAAACGACCUCGUGUAGAAGAACAUUUAUCAAAUACUACAACAGUAUUAGUGAAUGAUAAUAAUGUGCCUGGGGUAAAAAUAAAUAAUUUCGAAGAAAUUGUACUCUCUAUUCCAUAUGAACGUAGAUUUUGGCCUGAUCAUGGAACUAGUCCAAAACAAAUACUUCGUGAACACUGUAAAUUAUUAAAAUGGGAUUCACCUAAAUACGAAACUAUUGAAGAUCGUAACAAAAGAUCAUUUUUCAGUACUGUUUUAGUGAAUGGUAAACGUUAUCGAAAUACCAGCGCAUGUAAAUCAAAAAGGUAUGCUGAACAAGCAGCUGUUUUAGUUUGUCUACAUGUGUUAGGCAUACCCGAUGGAAAAGUUCACGCUGAUGAAAAUAAUAAGGUUAAUCUUAAUAAUAAAUAA